UGUGCUGUCUCGUUACACUGGACCAAGGGUUUCCCCAAGCUCACACAAUGGACUUAACGCUCUCUGUCACAGUUAGACCAAAACUUGUUGGAAUUAAAUGAAACGUCUUUAUGUGGAUUGGAUGAGUGAAGUGCGAUUUAUUGUUUCAGUUGAAUUUAUGUACACAUCAAUAACUUCACGAUGGAAGAUCUCAGAGAGAGGUUUCUACUGUGCUGUCAGAAUACUAUCUCGUGUUUCAGAGAGUCGGAGACUGACACACCACCUACCACCAAGAAAGGGGAGAUUGUAGUGAUUAAAAAUUACGACACGGAGCCCCCAGCCACCAGGGUCUUGCCGCCGAUACCUGGGGAGAAACCGGUCUCCGUUUACAUUGCUCUGUUCGACUACGCGGCGCGCACGGAGAAAGAUUUGAGUUUUCACGCAGGGGAUACACUGGAGCCACUCAAUAAAGGCGAAGAUUGGUGGUACGCGAGAGGAAUCACCGGGAUUUCAGCGAACAAGAAGGGCUACAUUCCUGCGAAUUAUGUUGUGCCCGUCGAAAGCCUAGAUGCUGAACCAUGGUAUUUUCCAGAAACAAAGCGCUUGGAUGCUGAGAAGAUGCUGCUGUCUGAUGAGAACCAGAAUGGAGCUUUUCUCAUUAGAAACUGUGAAAGCCAGACAGGGGAGCUCUCACUUUCAGGCUCCCAAAGAUUCACUGUUACGGACUCCUGGAGUUUUUUCAACCCCACAGUGCUGGACAACACACAGGUGAAGCAUUAUAUAAUCAGGAAGUUGGAUAAUGGUGGCUACUUCAUGUCAAGGAGUCUGACUUUUACGACACUGAGAGAACUAGUGGAGCACUACUCCAAAAACGAUGAUGGCCUCUGUAUCCGUCUCAGAGAACCCUGCAAAAAAACGAUAGCUCCAGAGACCUAUGGUCUAUCUUAUAACACAGUGGAUCAAUGGGAGAUUCCACGUACCUCUGUGAAACUCCUGAAGAAGCUGGGAGCUGGGCAGUUUGGGGAGGUGUUUGAAGGCAUAUGGAAUGGCACAACACCUGUCGCUGUCAAAACACUCAAACCAGGAACUAUGGAUGUGAAUGACUUCCUGCGAGAAGCUCAGAUCAUGAAGAGACUCCGUCACUCCAGACUGAUCCAGCUGUAUGCUGUCUGCACUAUGGAGGAACCAAUCUAUAUCAUCACAGAGCUCAUGAGCAACGGAAGCCUUCUUGAAUACCUGCAGAAAGAUAGAGGUGCUCAUCUGUGUCUGUCUGAUCAGGUAGAAAUGGGAGCACAGGUGGCAGCUGGCAUGGCAUAUCUCGAGUUGCAGAACUACAUCCACAGAGACCUUGCAGCCCGAAAUGUUCUGGUGGGAGAUCACAAUGUGUGUAAAGUGGCCGACUUUGGUCUAGCACGAGUAUUUCUGAUGGACAACGACAACAGUGGUGAGAAUGUUUAUGAGGCCAAAGAAGGAAGCAAAUUUCCAGUAAAAUGGACUGCACCCGAGGCCAUCCAUGAGAACAAAUUUACCAUAAAAUCUGACGUCUGGUCUUUCGGCAUCCUGCUGUAUGAAAUUAUGACUUUUGGAACGAUGCCUUACCCAACUAUGACAAACAAUCAAGUGGUACAAAAGUUGCCCACCGGCUACAGGAUGCCAUGCCCCCUUACCUGCCCGAAAUAUGUGUAUGAGAUCAUGUGUGAUUGCUGGAGGGAGUUCCCUGCAGACAGACCCACUUUUGAAACUCUGCAGUGGAAACUGGAGGACUUCUUUGAGGCUGAUGUCACCUCUUAAGAUGAUGCAAACUACUUCUAAAAAAAAAAAAAAAAAAAAAAAAAAAAAAAAAAAAUACUACUGCUUACAAACUCAACUUAACUGCAGAUGAGCUAAGCAGAAGUUCUGGCAAGCAAACUUGAGAUGCUUUUUUAGGAUGAAAUGAGCCAGCUUAACAUUUUUCCCAAGAGAAAGAAACAUACAGUUAUCACUGAGUGUUUUCUCUAUACAAACUACAUUAGCUAAAUCAAAUUUAUAUUCUGAACCAUCUGACUAAUACCUUGUUUUAUGACCUCAUACAAACUCUGUCAAAGUCUGUGAAGGCAUAUCUGCAUUUGUUUGUUGGCUUGUAUUUAUGUCAGCAACAACAUGUGGGUUUAUAGUGACUUUGUGCAUGCACAGCUCAUGCUGGCACUGUGAAACUGUGGACUGUGACAGGAUUUUCACAGUUUUAUGUUGAAAAUGUAUGCACUGGACAUUUAAGUGCAGCUGCUAUUAAGGAAUAAAUAAACUGAGCAUGAGUGACUGACAGGUAUGGAAACAGGUGCCAUUGCAGCCUGUAUGACCAGUUUAAAUAGUGAAUGAGUCACUCUAGAUGUUAGACCAACCUGCUCAAUUUCACAAGAUAGGAACAAACAGUGCAACAUUGCAACAGUGACAUAAGACUACUUUGAGCCAGAAUAAAGAAUGUGACUAUUAGCUGCAUAGUCACAAUUGUUAAUUUUCUUUAAAUUAAUUUUAGAUCUGAAUAGAGAUUUUCUUAGAGAUUAAUUUACUGACUGUGUAAAUAAGAGAAUGUUUAUUUCAGAAAUAUAGCAAAGUCUACAGACCAAAAUUAAUUUGACAAAAAUACGUACUGUAAGUGUAAUGUAUAAUACAUAAAUAAUCAGUACUUUGUAAGCUAAUCAAGCUGCAAGUGGCAUUAUCCCAACGUAACUGAAGGAUAAAUAAUUUAAAUAUAUUAUGCAUUUGCAUAUUUUAUGUGUAUUAUAUGACAUACAUAAUGGAUUAAACUACACUCUAGAUUGUCCAGUUAGUGUGACAAGGGAAGUGAAUGAAGACAGUUAUCAUAAGUUACUGGUAACACUUUAAAAUAAGGUUCCAUUUGUUACCAUUAGUGAACAACAUUAGUUAACAUGAACUAGCAAUGAAUACUUCUACAGGUCAGGACUGCAGGCAGGCCAAUCUAGCACCCACACUCUCUGCUUACACAGCCAUGCACUUGUAAUCCUGCCAGUAUGUGGUUUGAAGUUGUCUUGCUGGAAAAUGCAGGGACGUCCCUGGAAAAGACGGUGUUGGAUGACAGUAUAUGUUGCUCCAAAAUUUUUACAUAUCUGUCUGCAUUAAUGGUGCCCUCACAGAUGUGCGAGUUACCCAUGCCAUGACACACCCCUGGCCCAUACAGGCAUUGGCUUUUGGACCUGACGCUGAUAACAGCUUGGAUGGUCCAUUUCCUCUUUGGCCCGAGAACAUGACAACUGUGUUUUUCAAAAACUAUUUGAAAUGUGGACUCGUCGGACAAAAAACACGGUUCCACUGUUCUACUCUCCAUCUAAUAUGACCAAACCCAGAGAAGUCAGCAGCACUUCUGGACAGUGUUGGUGUUGACUAACAAAUGUUUACUAAAGUAAUCCCAAGCCCAUGUUCAUGAUAUCCAUUACAAAUGAAUGAUGGUUUUUAAGACAGUGAUGUCUGAGGGAUAGGAGAUCACGCGCAUUCAGAAGUGGUUUUCGUCUUGCCCUUUACGCACUGAGAUUUGACCAGAUUCCUUGAAUCUUUUAACUAUAUUGUGCACUGUAGAGGGUGAAAUGGCCAAAAUCCUUCCAAUUUGUCUUUGGAAAACAUUGUUCUCAAAGUGCUGGAUUAUUUGCUGAAGAAUCUGUUGGCAAAUUGAAAAGUCUCAACCGAUCCUUGCUCUUGAAGGUCUAGGCUGUUGUCAGAGGCUCCUUAUAUACUAUGACAUGAUUGCAUAACCUAUUUAACAUCUCCUGUUUCACAUCACCUUGUUGUUUCAAUUAGUUAGUGUAACAGGACUGGUCGUUGAGGGAAUGAGGAAGCAUGGUUCAGGUAUUUUCACACUGUUUAUUCACAAUAAACACUCAAUGGUAUGGGUUUAACAC